AAUAACUAUUUUGAUAUUUUACAAUUGCCCACUAUAAAAUUUUAGAAUCUCUGUCUUCUUCGCCAAACGAUGAACUUCCAUUUUUUUUUCUACCCCUUUUCCGUCUGCCUUCUUCCUCUUCGCGACGUUCCUCCGCUUCUUCCUCCAGCCACUAUCCUCUGCCUUCUUCCACAUCACGAUGAAUUUCCUUUUCUUCUUCUACCCCCUUUACGUCUGCCUUCUUCCUCUUCGCGAUGUCCCUCUGCUUCUUCCUCUAUCCACUGUCCUCUGCCUUCUUCCACAACGACUACAUGACCUACUUCUUCAAGUCAUGGCUCAAACUCUGUUGCUCGUGUGUUGUUUUUCUUCUCAAAUUUCCCAAACCUUUUUAGGGUUUUAGUCAAAAGAGGAUGACCUUUAAUGGAGCCUCCAGUUGGGAACAAGUUCCGUAUCAGUUGGAAAAUCUGUGGCGCAUUCUUUGGAUAGAUCUAUCUCGCUCUUGUCCAGUUGCUAAAAUUCCAGGGACAUUUUCUCUUCAAAUUGCACUCUGCAAAGAAAUGGUGCAAUGGACUCGUGCUGAGAAGCGUACGUUUUUGAGGCAGAGAGUUGAGGCAAGGUUUGCAGCACUUCUGAUGGAAAAUAAGGAGUUUUCAGAAGCUUUGACUUUACUCUCCAGCUUGGUCAAAGAUGUUAGAAGAUUAGAUGACAAGCUUCUACUUGGAGACAUAAACUUGCUAGAAAGCAAGCUACACUUCUCAUUAAGGAACCUUCCAAAGGCAAAAGCUGCACUCACAGCAGCAAGAACAGCUGCAAAUGCUAUUCAUGUGCCGCCGGCACAGCAAGGUGCCAUAGAUCUGCAGAGUGGACUACUGCAUGCUGAGGAGAAGGAUUAUAAAAUUGCAUAUAGUUAUUUCUUUGAAGCAUUUGAAUCCUUCAAUAAAAUGAAUAAAAUUUGAACUUUGUUGUAGUUUUAAUGCUUUUCAAUAUUUUUGUUCUGUGCCAA